UUACAGUCUAGCAGCCGCGCGGUACUAUGUCUCGCCGGUGGUUCUCAGAAGAGCAGCGACUCGCAGAGUCCGAUGCUGCAGAAGGUCGACAAAAGGACUACAUCACCGAUGAUGUCGACCAAAACAAAGAUCGCGAGAAACCACCCGAGCAGUACCUGUGGCGCGACGAAUUCGCCUCAUCAGAAGAAACUGAAGUUCCACUUGGCGAAAGAGAGAAAGGCCAGCGCCACGUUGGGAAUUAUAAUGAGCGCCUUCAUCAUCUGCUGGCUACCAUUUUUCGUAUUGGCUCUGGUCAGACCAUUCCUAGAGAAUCCGAAUUCCGUUCCGCAAUUUUUAUCUAGUUUAUUUCUUUGGCUCGGUUAUUGCAAUAGCUUAUUGAACCCUAUAAUUUACGCGACCUUGAACAAAGACUUCAGAAAACCUUUCCGCCAGAUGCUAAAUUUACGUUUUACUAACCUAAAUCAUGCAAUGAGAGAGGAGUUUUACCAGAGCCAAUACGGAAAUCCUAUUAGCAAUUACGAGACCAAAGCCAGAGAGAUGAAGGACUUUAAGCGGCUCAAAAAAAAAGGUCUCGAGGAGAUCGACAUUACCCCGAGCGGUCCAAAUGAGAGCUUCCUGUAAGCUCGAGGUAAUGUCGAUCCCCAGGUCGAUCGCGGAGCCAUCGAAACGAACCUGAGUUGUCCGCGAUCGACCACUCAUCGUCAAAAGCCCCCCGUCCCAUUAAUAGCCUAUCGAUAUUCUCAGUUUCAUUCGCGGAGCCUAUCGUAUAUUACUUUGCAAGCUGAUAAAUAACUAACUACUUUCGCUUUCCUAAUAACUAGCUACUCGGUGGAUCUGAUAUUCGACACGUUACCAUCCUGCUCGAGGAAAUCAAAAUACUCGAACAGUUUAGUCGUGACGAACAGAAGAU